CAAUCAAAAAUAUUCAUUCUUCAUGGUAUCAGAGCCAAAAAUCCUAAUUCCCAAACCAUAAUUCUCUCUUGGCUCUUCUCCCUCGGCGCUUCUCUCUCUCUCUCGGCCUUACUGCCGCAGCAGCCCCACCCUCCCCCUUCGUCGCCUCCCUCUCCCUCUCACUCCUCAUGGACUCCGACAAGACGACGGACAAAUCUCCCUCCACCACCUCCUCAAAUUCUCCCCACUUGGCGUUCACGGCCAUAUCUAACGUCAAGCUUCACGUCCCCAUACAGUUGAGUUUUUCUCAACCUAAUUACAAAAAAUGGAGCCAUCUUUUCUUGCUCCUUGUUCGACGGUUCAAUCUCCACGGGUUUCUCUCCGGCUCUAAGAUCCCUUCUUCCGCCGACGACGACGAAUGGUUUCAACUUGAUGCCGUGCUUCAAGGUUGGAUUCUCUCCACGGUGACCGAUGAGGUCUCCGACUUGGUCAUCUCCACUUCAACAGCCUCCGAACUUUGGCAUAUGAUUCAUGCUCUCUUCCACGACAACAAACCGGCUCGAGCUAUGCAAUUGGAACACCAAUUCCGCACCACGGUAAAAGGAUCCAUGCCCAUGGCUACUUAUUGUCAAACUCUCCGCAACAUCGCUGAUUGGCUAGACGACGUCGACGCUCCGGUCUCCGAAUCGCAGCUCGUCCUCCAACUAUUGCGGGGCUUACCGGACGAUCUCCAAGCCCAAACAUCUUGGAUGCAAUUUCAACAGCCCCAACCCAAUUUUCUCCAAGUCCGGUCGGCAUUGUUGCUCCUUGAACGUCAACGAACUCACUCCAUCGAGACCGGGACUGCCCUCCUUGCGGGCCGAACCAGCGGACAGCCAGGGACGAACCAGCAGCAUGGCCGAACCGGCGGCAUGACAGAACUGGUGGCUGGCCGUGGCUACCCUGGCCGAGGAGACUAUAGUAUUGGCGAGUACAUUCUUGUCUGGAACAAAUCCACUUUCCUGUAUGUUUUUAGGCUGGUAAUAAUUAUUUUCCCAUCAAUGGUCCAGUUUCAGAGUCUAUAUAUAUCAAAUUAUGGCAAGAGCGUCUCACAUUCUCACAUUAUGGAAGGAACUUCUCGAGCUCUUCCUAAUACCAUAAGAUUCGUUGGUCUACUUGGUAGUCAUGCUCUUGGUAGCAAUCCAAGGUUCACGGCUACAGCGGUUGAUCUAGGACGGGAGUUUGUAAGGCAAAAAAUCAGGCUUACCAACGGAGGAGGCAACGUUGGCCUUCAAGGAGCUGUAGCUUCAACAGUCUAUAAUAAUGGUGGUAGAGUCAGAGGUUUCAUACUUGGGUAUAUAGCAACACGAGGGGUCUGUGGACCAACAUAUGGUGCAGAGUACACCGUCUCCAGCAAUUACUAUAAGUAUUUCGAGAUGAAUCAUAUUGUGGAAGCCUUCAUUGUACUUCCUGGAGGAAUUGACACUAUGUAGGGUUUAUUCACUUUGAUCUCAUGGGCAUCCGAAGGGUUACACAGUAAACCCAUUGGUCUUUUGAACAUUGACGGUUAUUUCAAUAACCUAAUCAAGUUUCUAGAUGAUG